CAGAAAGCGGUCGUUGCAGCAAAUCGUUUUUUUUUUUUUUUUUGUAAAGUAAUUAACCAUCUGUGGUGUCACUGUCUUGGUGUCAGUAGCUGAAGUAAUUGUUACAGCAUCGGAACUUGUGGUGUGUUGGCCUUGGAAAGUUGUUGGAGUUUAUACAGAGAUACAUUUUAGUACAUCGCACAGUUGUGUUAUGGAACUGGAUAAAAUGGACGAGAACGACUGGAAAUACCACGGCGAGGGCAACAAAAGCCUAGUGGUUUCUCAUGUUCAGCACGCCAGAGUCCUUCGGCUACUGAAGUAUUCUACAGAAGAUGCUGAAAAUUCACCUAAGACAACAGAUCAAGCUUUCCGCCACAUACAGAACAUAGUUGACUAUAGUCAAAAUGUCAUGAAGCCACUGCUGGGGGAGAAAUUCGUCCACAAUGGAGAGGCUGUGAAGCUCCCAUUAGACUUUGUCCGCCAGCUGUCAUUGAAGGUCCAGCAGGAAAGGCCAGAGUCUCGCUGUGACAAAGUGAUGGAUACGUUGAGUGGAUGUGCCUUGUGUCUGCCUAACCUCACCCAGCUCUCCUCCUGCUGCUGCUGCAGAGAACACAGACCUCCUCUCUGUAUAGAGAUUAAGCCCAAAUGUGGAUUUCUACCAGCCUCUAGACACAUUACGAAAGACAUCAAGAGGAAGGUGUGCCGGUUUUGUAUGCAUCAACAUUUCAAGUUAGCCAAUGGAAAGUGGAAACGGCUGAGCCGGUACUGUCCCUUGGACCUGUUCUCAGGGAACAAACAGAGAAUGUCCCUCGCCAUCAAGAACUUGAUAGAGGAACCACAGAAUAACUUCAACAUUUUCAAGGGUGGAGAGUGUAUCUACAGCUGUAAUGAUGAUGCCGACGUGUUGCAGGACCUGGAUGAAUUGGCUCAGCAUCUACGACCAUACUUCCUCCCUAGUGGCAGCCUUCUCAACAGGCAGCAGUCUAGUAAAGUGGUUCUGCAUGAGUUGAUUCAAGUGAUCGUGAGCGCCCUGUUGAGCUCGUGGGACUGUCCUCGCUCCGGGCAGCUCAGGAAGACACACCUGUCUGAGGGCAGAGUGACGUGUGAGGCCAGCCUGCUGCACCGGGACCUGCUACGCAACGGUAACCACUGCCUACCCAAAGAUUGUGUCUUGGACAAAAUCUUGGGGACUCAGAUGUUGGAUAAUUUAGAUAUUGAGGGUUUGAGCCCCCUUCUUAAACGAGUGGAACAGCAUCUACAAAUGUUCCCCAAAGAGAGAUGCAGGCUUCAGAUGGACGGGCCGUACAAUGCCAGCUUCCUGGAGAAGGUCCAGAACUGUCCCGCUGAAGACGAUGGCUCCCUGGAAUACGCUGUCGGGAAGGUCCACCAGUACAGAGUUGCCAUGACAGCCAAGGACUGCUCCAUCAUGGUCGCCAUAGCAACCUGUGGGGAAGACGACGGGUUGGACCAGAGCCUGGAGAUCCAGACUACGAAGCCUCGCUUCACAUGCUCCGUGUCCAUCCUAGACCUGGACCCUAAACCCUACGAGAGCAUCUCUCACCAGAGCAGACUGGACUCCAAGAUAGUCAACCACUACCUGAGGAGGACACAGCCCAACAACCAGGAACUAGACAACCUGGAGGAACUGGCCAAUCAGAGCCUGUUCCUGGGCCGGGACAGAGACGGAGAGGAUUGUACUCUGGUGUUCCAUCCUGUAUAGCAACUCCCUCCGCUGCCUGGCCUUGUGCUGUCUGGCUGUUACCCACUCCCCUGUACCCGGACCCUAACCCCCCUCCCCCGUACCCCCAGACCAACCGCUGCUGUGGAACUGAAAUAAUGAUUUGAAUGAACUGAGAAACAUAUCCUUAUUUUAGAUUUGUGUUUUCUCUUUAAAAACGAAACAUAGUAUGGCAUAUGUUUUUGGUUUUCUAGACCUGGUAAAAAAUUGUUUUAUGACUACCGCUAGCUGCAACAGAAUACCAUCCCGGGUACCAUGUUUGUUUCUGCUGCCAGUAUGAAGGAGGUCAGAGGUAGUUUCACAAGUCAAUGCUAACUAAUUAAAUGAUUUUAUGACUACCGCUAGCUGCAACAGAAUACCAUCCCGGGUACCAUGUUUGUUUCUGCUGCCAGUAUGAAGGAGGUCAGAGGUAGUUUCACAAGUCAAUGCUAACUAAUUAAAUGAUUUUAUGACUACCGCUAGCUGCAACAGAAUACCAUCCCGGGUACCAUGUUUGUUUCUGCUGCCAGUAUGAAGGAGGUCAGAGGUAGUUUCACAAGUCAAUGCUAACUAGCGUGACAGGAACAGUUAGUAUGCUAUCUGUUCCUGUUAAUCUGACGACUAAAGUCAAUAGACUGUUAGUUUACACGUCCUCUUGCAAUUAAAUGUAGAUAGUUUCAUUAUUUUGAACGGUCUACCAAAUCUAUUAAUUUUAAAAAGUUGAUUUUACUUCUGCUUGCUAUUUAUUAUUUACGUGAUGAUACAAGACGUGACUUUUCAAUGUUUUUGCUAACAUAUGAUGGGGGUCCCUUUUGUCGCCGGUUUGCCUGGGCGGGGGUCCCUGGGUCAUGGGUUUGCCUGGGCGGGGGUCCCUGGGUCAUGGGUUUGCCUGGGCGGGGGUCCCUGGGUCAUGGGUUUGCCUGGGCGGGGGUCCCUGGGUCAUGGGUUUGCCUGGGCGGGGGUCCCUGGGUCAUGGGUUUGCCUGGGCGGGGGUCCCUGGGUCAUGGGUUUGCCUGGGCGGGGGUCCCUGGGUCAUGGGUUUGCCUGGGCGGGGGUCCCUGGGUCAUGGGUUUGCCUGGGUCAUGGGUUUGCCUGGGCGGGGGUCCCUGGGUCAUGGGUUUGCCUGGGCGGGGGUCCCUGGGUCAUGGGUUUGCCUGGGCGGGGGUCCCUGGGUCAUGGGUUUGCCUGGGCGGGGGUCCCUGGGUCAUGGGUUUGCCUGGGCGGGGGUCCCUGGGUCAUGGGUUUGCCUGGGCGGGGGUCCCUGGGUCAUGGGUUUGCCUGGGCGGGGGUCCCUGGGUCAUGGGUUUGCCUGGGUGGGGGUCUCUGGGUCAUGGGUUUGCCUGGGUGGGAGUCUCUGGGUCAUUGGUUUGCGGGGGUCCCUGGGUCAUGGGUUUGCCCGGGCGGGGGUCUCUGGGUCAUGGGUUUGCCUGGGUGGGAGUCUCUGGGUCAUUGCUUUGCGGGGGUCCCUGGGUCAUGGGUUUGCCUGGGCGGGGGUCUCUGGGUCAUGGGUUUGCCUGGGCGGGGGUCUCUGGGUCAUGGGUUUGCCCGUGUCAUGGGCUUGCCCGUGUCAUGGGCUUGCCUGGAUGGGGGCUGUAACAGCAGAACUGUCUUCAAUGGCCCACUAUUCACUACAGGACACUAGUGGCCAAGGCCCCCUAUUGACCACAGGACACUACUUCAAUGGCCCCCUAUUGACCACAGGACACUAGUGGCCAGGGCCCGUAGAGCACUAGACGGACCGUUUCAGGACAGAUCCAGGAACAGGCGGAUGGAGAAGCAAACCACUGAUCUGAUUAGUAACUUUGUCAGAAUGACUGGAUUGACCAACAUGUGGCUCUGAAAUGGAAGCCUAUUCCCUAUAUAGUGCUCUGCUUUUUGACGCUGUAGUGCCUUAUCUAGGGAAUAGGGUGCCAUUUUUGAUGCGCGCUUUGAAACCUAAGAUAUAACAGGUGUGUGUGUGUGUGUGUGUGUGUGUGUGCAGUAUAAAUACAAAGAAAGAGAACUAUUUUAAAAUAGGACAUUGCUGUUUAGCAUUUUCUAUUUAAAUUAUUUAUUUUUUUAGAUAUCGUACUAAUGCUAUAUUGACAUGCAUAUAUAGAUGUGUACAUGUGGCAUUAACAGAUAUUUCGGUAACACUCGACACCCAGCGUCAUAGCAUGUUAUGACACUGUCAUAACACUCAAAUGUAUAUUUACACAUGUGACAUUUUGUUAGUUUAUGGCUGGCUAUGACACCUGCCAUAAGUGUCCAAACCAACAUUUAUUAAAAUGUGUUUUCCCUGCCAAGAA